AUGGAUUGUAUUUUUACUGAUAUUAGGAGGACAGCUCUAAGAAGAUUAUUAAUUCUUAGUUUUGAUAAGGAUGGCAAUGAAAUAUUGGCCAAAUCUAAGCAAACAUGGGAAAUAUUAGUAAAGAAUAAAUUAAAGUCACAAAAAGGCGGUAUUUUGAAUGCUAUUGGAUACAAAUCACAAAAAAAAGAUAUUAUACAAAUGACACCUCGAGAAUUCCACGCAACUAUUACAAUAUGUGAAGCUAUAAUCGACUCAAAACAUUUGAAUUGUACAAAGGAGUUUAUAUAUGAAAUUGCAGCCAUUUUAAAAUCUUCUUAUGGUUCAUUUACUUUAUCAUCCUUUUUGGAUGUUGAUAAAGUAUUUUAUCUGAAAGAUCUGGCAAAUAAAAGUACACUUUCUCUUCUUCGUUUUAUGGAUAUGUUUCCUGGAUGCAAAACUGAAAUUUUAAACAUAUUUACUGAAUAUAUUGAAGAGGUUUUAGUGGAAUUGAAAAAUUCUCUGGAUUCUUCUAUAAUAUCAGAAAUACAUGUUCCAUUUACAUCAUUAUGUGGUUUUCUAAAAGGACUUAAAACUUCAAAAUUUUUUCAAUCAGAUUUUAAAAUCACAGUUAUACUCGAACCUUUAAAAUAUUUGCUUUCUGAGGAUUUUCUAUCAAAAAUAUUAAAUUUAAUAAUAAAAUUUGAAAACGAAAAUAUAAAUCAGAAUAAUAUAACAUUUUUAACUAAAAAGCAUUCUAAUGAUUUAGUGUUAGGAAAGUGUCUAAUACUAACAAAAAACUUGAUUUUUAUAAUUCAGAAAUAUAUUUUUAAACAAAUAGUAGGAAAUGAUAUAUUUGAUUGGGAAGAAAUUCUCACAGAUAAUACUUUAAAUUUUGAUCAUGUUCAUCUUGAAUUUUCAACGAUUACUUCUAUAGUUCAAUGUUUAAAAGAUACCAUUAAAUAUCUUAGUGCAUUUUCUCGAUCUAAUAUUGUUGAAUCCAAUACUUUUCAGAAAGUGUUUUCGUAUUCAUUGAGGACAACAUGCCUUUGCUGUAUGAUUAUUAAGGAUUUUUCAUUAAUGUCUAAAUGGUUUGAAAAACUUUUAGAGUUUUCACAUGAAGGUUUUAGUACUAUUUAUACUAUUGCGAUCCAAGAUGUUUUUGCAGCAAUUGCUCUUUGCUUUCCGGAUAAUGCCAGUGUUAUUAUUCAAUAUUUUCGAAUGCAUAUUCUUCAUUUUUCAGAUUCUAUCACUAAUCUUCAACAUAAUGACGAGCUUACUGCAUUGGUAUCUAAAAGACUUACAUAUGUUCUUAAGCAUUCUUCACAGGAUGCAAUUAUUACUACUAUAUACUCUUUAGCAAAUUCUAUUUCUUCAAAUAUUCCUAAAACACCGUCGGCAGAUCUGCUUAUUCCUUUAGAUCAACGGACAGUAAGAAGUAGUAUAUCUUUAAUAUUCAAGACAGAUUCUCAAAGACGCAUUAUCCAUUAUAAAAUUGUUGAUGCUAUAACCCAAAUAGCAAUUAUGAUACCUGAUGAGAAGAUAGCAGCAUUAUCUAUAUCAAUUCUUAUACAAAAAUAUGGCAAGAUAGAUAUUGAAGUCGACAAAAUUAUUUUAGAAAAACUUGCCAAUGUGACAAAGGCAAAAUCGGAAAAAAACGUUAUGAGUAUAAUUAAAUUUUAUUCACGAGUUGCGGAAGGAUUGUACGGUUAUGGACUAGAUACGGUUUCAGAUGUGUUCCAAUCAUCCCUUGCAAAAAUAUCAUCAAAUAUGGAACAAAAAUCUGGAUUAUUAACAUUUUAUCUUAAUAACUUAUUGAAUAUUAUAAUAAGAUUUGAUAAAGUUCCUGAAAAACAAAAUGAGUCUGAAAAAAAAAGCAAAAACAGAGACUUAAAGAAUAUUCAAGACAACAUUCUUAAUAUUUUGCAUCCUUUAGCAAUAUUACUACAGAAAUUUGAUAUAGAGCAUUCUUUUGAUUCUGAAACAAUCCUUCUUUUUUGUAAUAUGUGGUUUACUUUCGUUUUAUGUGGAUUUACUAAAGGAUCUUCUCUUGUUAAUCAAAAUAUUGAGUCAUUGAAAAUAAUUGCAACAUAUUCUCCUCCGUUGGUAUUAGAUAAUGUUACUACUCAUUUUGAAAGCGAUCUAGAAUUAAAUACCGUUCUGAGAAGGGGUGGUUCUCAGAAAGAUCUCAAUUUUCUAAGAGAAACACUUUCAAAAGCACUCCCUUCUUGCGCGUAUGAAAUUAGAUCAGCUUCUUAUUCAAAAACAGUAUAUUUGUCAUCAGUAUUUCUUUUAGAGACUUUAAGAAGUAGUGCAGGGAUUUGUUCAUAUACAUUUGCUUAUUUAAAAAACACUAAUAUUAAAGAAAGUGAUAUCGCAACAUGCAUAUCAGUAAUAGCACAUUCGGCAACUAAUGUUUUUAUUUCAUCAUUUGUUUUUAGUUCAAAAGAACCAGAAACUUCAUUACUACUUUCAAAAGAAAUGAAAAGAUUACUUCUUAGCUGUUCCCAUAGAAUGAAGCAACCGCGUGAGUUAGCUUUAAAAUGUUGUGAUAAGGUUAUUUCUUCAAUGCCAUCAGUAUUAUGUUCUCAAUCAGUUCUUUAUACGUUGCUUGAAUCAUUAUCAUUGUUAUGGUAUAGUUGUGCAAAUGAAUAUUUAUCCGAGUACACUCCUCAAUAUAUUUUUUCAUCAUCUCGUGGACAUUUAUCUUUAGAAUUUUCAGACUCUUAUAUUGAAAGGAAAAUAAUUCUUCGUGAUCUAUUAACAUAUGCAAAAAGAUGGCUCUCUCUUGCAUUACAAAUUAGUCCUUUAGAUCUUAAAUCACUUUUACAUACAUAUCUCUCUGAUUUUGAUGAUUCAAGUUCGACUUGUAAUAUUUCUUUAGGAAAAACUGUAGCACUAGAUAUUGGAGGGUCGUUAUCAUAUAUUGAUAAAAAAAUGUUUGGAGAUCUUCUAACAAAUGUUUCAUCUGAAUUCAUCUCAGAAUAUACUAUUAGACAGUUAAAUAAGUUUCCUGCUUCAAUAUUGCAUCCAAUGCGAAACGGCAAUAAUUCAUAUACUAUUCAAAAUGAUUUUAGUGAUAAUGGUUUCAUUACUAGUGUAUUACAGAAUAUAUCCCAAAUAGAAAAUGACUUGAAACAAAAAAAAAGACUUGAAAUAAAGGAAUUAAAAGAUUCUUUGCAAAAGGUUGCUACCUGUAUAAUUACUGGCACUGAAUAUGAAAAAAUUUUGGCACGUUAUAUUGUAAGGAUUCCAUUUAUGAUUUUAAACGUUCCUUCUAUAAAACUUGGAAUAUCUUUAUGGACAUGGAUAAUGACUGAACGACCUUCACUUCAUAUUCAGCUUCUUACAGAGAUAUCCAGAAAUUUCCAAUGGUCUAUUAGAAGACGACAAGGAUUAUUUUCCAAUUCAAUUGAUCCAUUAAAUGCUUUUGCUAAACCUAUGGAAUAUCUUCCAACUGAUAGAACGAUAUAUGAUAAAGAAAUUCAAAGAGCAUCAAAAUUGUUUACUCCUCAUCUUUUACUUACAAAUUUUCUUUCAAGUCACUUACAAGCUUUUCAUAAGGAUUAUAACGUAUUUAAUGUUAUUUCAUCUUUUUUUCGUUUUAUAGGUAUCGCUAUAUUAAAUAAAAAAUCAAGUAAACAUAUUUUAUCAAGAGAACUACAUCUUCAUUUAUUUAAUCUUGGCUUUAAGAUAUUGAAAUUUAAGGAUAUUGAUCCCAUAAUUUUUAUAAAAACAAGGAAAGUAUUGUAUUCAGCAAUUUUUGCAUGGUUUUCACGAACACCAAAAUGGGCAUUUGGGGGGAAUAAAAUUCAAUUAGAAACAGAAUUGAAUCUUCUUACAGUUAUUCAAAGUGCUAUAGAGGGUGAUAAUAUCAUUAUGACGUCUACUUUUUAUGAUGAACUUUUUGAUAAUUCUAUUCACGAGAAACAACAAAAGCUUCUAUAUCUUUUAGUUAGUCAUGAGAAAUAUCGUAUAUCAACCUGGCUUAAUGUUAGAGAGAUAGGAUUAAGCACAUAUAAUAUAACUACGCUUUGGGAAAACAUUUCGGAUGAACAAUGGAAAACGUUUGUUAAUACAGCAUGGAAUCAUGAUCCUAUUCUUGCUAUCAAUUUAGUCCAUAGAUUUAAAUCAAAAGACUUACAUAAAAAAUUAAGAGAUCUAAUCUUAGAAAAUCCAUUUAAUGUUAUUGAUUGUCCAUGCGCAUUAAGUAUUCUUUUUGAUAAUUUUUCAGAUGUUACUGCUUUUCAAUUAAAAUAUCUUCAAUUUUGGUCACCGGUUGUUCCUCUUACAGCUAUUACGUAUUUUCUUCCAAUAUAUAAUAACGAUGGAUUUAUUUUGCAAUAUGCAGUAAAAAUUUUGGAACAUUAUUCAUUGGAUGUUAUAUUUUUCUAUGUACCUGAACUUGUUCAAGCACUACGAUAUGAUACAUUGGGCUAUAUUGAGCAGUUUAUUGUGGAAACUAGUAUUUUAUCUGAACUAUUUGCUCAUCAAAUAAUAUGGAACAUAAAAGCUAAUUCUUAUAAAGAUGAAAAUGCGUUAGAGCCAGAUUCUAUAAAACCCGUGUUAGAUAGGGUUGUAGAACGUAUAACAUCAUGUUUUACUGGGGAAAAAAAAGAGUUCUAUGAACGAGAAUUCAAUUUUUUUAACAAGAUUACAUCUAUUUCAGGGAAAUUAAAACCGUAUAUUAAAAAAUCUAAACUUGAAAAAAAAGAGAAAAUAGAUUUAGAGAUUUCUAAAAUUGAAAUAGAUUCAGGUGUCUAUCUUCCAAGCAAUCCAGAUGAUAUUGUUAUAGGUAUCGAUAGAAAAUCAGGGAAACCUUUGCAAAGUCAUGCUAAAGCACCUUUUAUUGCAACUUUUAGAGUUAAAAAAAAAAAAGAAGCUUAUACAAACAUGGAAAGAAAAAUAUCGGAGGAAAACUUAAAUAAUGAUUUGAAUACAGAAUUUAAUCAAGAAUCUUGGAAAUCAUCAAUAUUUAAAGUCGGAGAUGAUUGCCGUCAAGAUGUUCUUGCAUUGCAAUUAAUUUCUAUGUUUAGAAAUAUAUUCAAUGAUAUUGGUUUGAGUUUAUAUGUUUUUCCGUAUAGAGUCACUGCCACUUCACCUGGGUGUGGAAUUAUAGAUGUAUUGCCAGAUAGUAUUUCUCGAGAUAUGCUUGGCCGAGAAGCUGUUAAUGGAUUAUAUGAAUAUUUUAUAACAAAAUUUGGGAAUGAAAAUUCUAUUGAGUUUCAAAAAGCCAGAAACAAUUUUGUUCAAAGCAUGGCUGCAUAUUCAGUUAUAACAUAUCUUUUACAAAUAAAAGAUCGGCAUAACGGCAAUAUUAUGAUUGAUAGAGAAGGACAUAUAGUACAUAUUGAUUUCGGGUUUCUUCUCGAUAUAGCACCUGGAGGAAUUGCUUUUGAAUCUUCACCGUUUAAGUUAACUAGAGAAAUGAUUGCAGUGAUGGGAGGGAAUCAGAAAAUUCAACCAUUUAUUUGGUUUCAAGAAUUAUGUAUUAAAGCUUUUUUUGCAUGCAGACCAUAUGCUGAAAAUAUAAUUGAAUGUGUAAUUCUCAUGCUAGAUUCUGGACUUCCCUGCUUUAAAGGAACUACAACUAUUAAUAAUCUUAGAAGUCGUUUUCAUUUAGAUCAAGAAGAUCAUGAAGCAGCACGAACAAUGAUAAAACUUAUUAAUAAUAGUUAUGAAAAUAAACGAACAGUUAUAUAUGACCAAUUUCAAUCAAUUACUAAUGGCAUUCCUUAUUAA